AUGAAAAGCAGAUCUCAAAGACGUAUGGAGAGCAGAGAGAUAAAGGAGCUGCCCAAAAGGCAUCGCCUUCCGCCAAAAAAAGCCAGCUGCUACCAGGCCUUUCUUGAGUCGCCAAAAGGUGUAGGGGUGGCAGGUUCGUUUGUCUUUGUGUCCUUCGAAGAUGGAUACACCGGAAAGAUGUUCAACAUCUGUGAUGUUUUAAGGAAGGAUGAGAAACCUGUUCAGGAUUUUCACGACUUGAGCCCUGGAGAGGAAAUUCUGGCUCGCUGGUCUGACCACAAAUUUUAUAAUGCAACUGUCGAGUACAUUGGAACGAACACAAAAAAAGAUGCUAAGAAAACUGUCUCAAAGAAAAAAGACGCCGUGGCUUCGCAACAUCACAAUUUUUAUAAUUCUUCCCCAUCUCACCCGACUAAGCAACAGCCUGCUUCAACCCCCCAGCCAGCACAGCAACCAUCUCAGCAGCACCAGGUAGCCUCAGCCCUUCAGCCUGUACAGCAACCAUCUCAGCAGCACCAGGUAGCCUCAGCCCUUCAGCCUGUACAGCAACCAUCUCAGCAGCACCAGGUAGCCUCAGCCCUUCAGCCUGUACAGCAACCAUCUCAGCAGCACCAGGUAGCCUCAGCCCUUCAGCCUGUACAGCAACCAUCUCAGCAGCACCAGGUAGCCUCAGCCCUUCAGCCUGUACAGCAACCAUCUCAGCAGCACCAGGUAGCCUCAGCCCUACAGCAUGCUCCUCCCAACCAGCAUCUUCAGCAACAAUCUCGACACCAGUCUCAUCCAUACCAGCUUCUCCAAUCCUCUCCACAACAGUCUCCACAUCCGCGUCACCUUCUUUACCACCAGCCUCUUCAAUCUAUUGAGGUCCAGCCACCACCUCUCUACGGGCCAUCAUAUUCCAAAUCCCUAACCAGCUAUUAUCAGCUCACACCUAGUACAUCACAGCAGGUGUACGCUCAGGUUCACCACAGUACUAUUGUUAGCCAGGGGACUCCUGAAAAACAUGAUGUCUUCCAGUCAGCAAUUGAAACCCCUCCUCGUUCUGUCCGAAGCAGUUUCAUGAACAUGUUAAACACCCCUCCUGGCAGUAGCAGAGCAGAGCACAGUGGCGCCAUCUCAGACACAACAGAGUUUGCGAGGCUGAAAGAAAACAAUAAGAGGCUGGAGGUGCUGAACACUAUAGAUUCUGCAGAUCUGGAGAAAAUCAGGGAGCUUCUGGGCAAAAUUGAAGAACUGGUACCAAGCACCAAGGAGGGACACCAAGGUCGUCAAAGGGACAAGAAAGAACUGUACCCAGGAAGCGGCCUGUACAUCUCUGCAACUCGUCUUGCUGCAAUUAAAGUGGAAGCCAAGAAAGACUGCCUCCGCCUGUUCCACCUUCUGUUUGAUGAAGUGUUCUCACCAGAGGAGUGCAGGAAUUGUGUAGCAUUCGGCAAACAUGGAAAAAUUCCCGAUGGCAAGACGCUGCUGAAUAAGCGUAAAGUAGACGCAGUAUUGACUUACAUCAUGCACUGCUGCACCUUGGCAGGAUGGAUUCCGGUGGAUAUGUCAAAAGUGAAAAAAGCACUCAUCAAUAAAUGCCGUGCAAGAGCAGCCCGACGUCUUGUGAGUUAA